CUCUUCAUCCUACUUCAUCUUCACAUGAAGACCAAUGGAUUACUUUGACCUCUUCGUCUCCCUCACCACCACUAUCUUCCUCUGCUCACUAAUCCCAUCCUCCCACGCAGCAACCUCCACCAUCUCUCCAAACCAGCCCCUCGCAGACGGUGGCACCAUCGUCUCCCCUGGCGGCGUCUUCGAGCUCGGCUUCUUCAGUCCCCUCCGCUCCACAAACCGCUACAUCGGAAUAUGGUAUCACAACUUCUCCAACUCUACAAUCGUCUGGGUGGCCAACCGCAACUCCCCUGUUUCCAACACCUCCGGAUCGCUCGCCAUCGCCGGCGACGGCAAUCUGGUGGUUCUCGACGGUCAGCAGCGUGUCAUGUGGACGUCCGGAGUAUCGUUGAAAACGAGAAACACGACGGCGGCGUUGCUAGAUACUGGAAAUUUGGUGCUUAGAAACUCAGAAGUCGUCGUUUGGCAGAGCUUUGAUCAUCCUGCGGAUACUUAUCUUCCUGGUAUGAAACCAGGGCUCAAUUUACUCACCAACGAGAACCAUCAAUUUACUUCACGGAGAAGCGAGGAUGAUCCGGCUCCGGGGAAGUUUACUCUGGGGAUCAACCCCGACCGGUCGACGCAGAUCUUUAUAUGGGAUGACGGCGAGCCGCGGUGGCGCUCCGGCCGGUGGAACGAACAGAUCUUCAUAGGAGUAGAAGGCAUGCUCGCCGAGUACAUCUAUGGCUUCCGCCUCAACAACUUCGCGUUAGAAAACGUCAUGUACUUCUACUACAACCCAUUCAACAGCACGCCACAGCGCUUCGUUCUGUCCCCUGCUGGCUUCGUGGAGCAUCUCGAAUGGCAAGAAGACUCUAACUCAUGGCAACAGAUCUGGGCUCAGCCAGUCACGGAAUGCGAGCUUUACAACAAGUGCGGGAACAACGCCACCUGCACCAACGGCAGGAACGACGGCGACUCGCCGACAUGCGAUUGCUUGAAAGGCUACGUGCGAGGUUCGGAAGGGUGCGUGAGAAGGACGCCGCUGCAGUGUGAGAGGAGGGAAGGCGAUGCGGCGGGCGAGAAGAAGGAUGGGUUUUAUCGCAUAGAGGGAUUGAAGUUGCCGGAUUUGUCUGAUUGGGUUGCUGGCUCGGCGAGUCUGAGCCAGUGUGAGGAGACCUGCUUGAGGAACUGCUCUUGUAAAGCUUACAGCUUUGUGACCGGAAUUGGGUGCUUGAUAUGGGCGAGGGAGUUGAUGGAUCUUCAUUUCUUUUCCGAUGGGGGGAAUGAUUUCUAUGUCAGGCUUGCCGGUUCAGAGCUUGUUGAGAAGAAGGUCAAAGUUCCUGUGUUACUGAUAGUGGUAAUAGGCUUACCCGCCCUCUCUGUACUUGGAUGCAUUUGUCUGCUGUGGAUUUUUCGGAGGAAACUCAGAGCUUUGUUGAAGCGACCAAAGAGACAAGAAGAAGCGUCGGUGAAUCCCAGUACAGGAUUCUCCGGCGUUCCUGUGAAUGAGGAGGAGGAAGGAAGUGAUGGGAAGCGCACAGAAUCCACAGUAUUCAGCUUUGAGACUGUAGCGGCAGCCACAAGUAAUUUCUCCAGUUCUAAUUUUCUUGGGGAAGGAGGAUUUGGCCCUGUUUAUAAGGGCCUACUACCAGGAGGACAAGAGAUAGCUGUAAAAAGACUGUCUAACAGUUCAGGACAAGGCAUUGAACAAUUCAAAAAUGAAGUCCACCUUAUUGCGAAGUUACAACACAGAAAUCUUGUAAGGCUUCUAGGCUUUUGCGCUCAAAGGGAUGAUAAAAUGCUCGUCUACGAGUACAUGCCAAACAAAAGCUUGGAUGAUUUUCUUUUUGAUCAAAACAAGAAAAGAUUGUUAGAUUGGAACACGAGGUACAAUAUCAUUGAGGGAAUUGCUAGAGGACUCCUCUAUCUCCACAGAGACUCGAGGCUUAGAGUUAUCCAUCGUGAUAUGAAAGCAAGCAAUAUUUUGCUGGACGACUCGGUGAAUCCAAAAAUUUCAGACUUUGGAAUGGCCAAGAUCUUUGGAAGUGAUGGCAAUGAAACAAAAACAAAACGAGUUGUUGGCACAUACGGUUACAUGUCGCCAGAAUAUGCAAUGCAAGGUCUGUUCUCUGUGAAGUCUGAUGUUUAUAGCUUCGGAAUACUCGUCUUGGAGAUUGUUAGCGGGCAUAGAAACAGCAUAUACCAACAUCCUGACCUGUAUCUCAACCUCAUUGCUUGUGCUUGGAAGUUUUGGACAGAAGAUAAUGUGAUGGAGUUCGUUGAUCCAUCAAUGAGGGAUUCAUGCUUGCUGAUUGAUGUUUCAAGAUGUGUUCAAUUGGGGCUUUCAUGUGUUCAGGAUAGAGCUAAUGAGAGGCCAACAAUGGCGACUGCUAUAAUGAUGUUGGAGGGAGGAACUAUGGCUCAUCCAAUGCCAAGACAACCUACUUUUGCGUUUGAGAGAAGCAUAGGUGAGACUGUAUCAACUGAUCAGAGAUUCAUCUCUGGAAAUUCAUUAAUGACCACUAUGGUAUCAGGUCGAUAGUAUUAAGUUCAUAAGCUUAAUCGCAUUCUUCAGAGAUCAUAUUCAAAGUAGAAUUAUGCGUAUCCUUAUUGUACUUGCAUGCAAUUUUUUUUUAAUUUCUUAAAGAAAUAAAUGUAGUUAUUGACCUUUUAAUCUUUAGUUCAGAAUUCAUUGAUCAAAUUCUU